AUGAACCAUAAAUUCCAGGGUGUUCACCCUCCAGGCCUGGAAUGUGGCUACUACUGCCAGGGCACCGAGUGCGCCCGGAAGUGCGAAGGUGGCCGCUGCGGUUCCUACUGCAGUGGCGAGAAAGGAAGCCAAGGACAUUGCGCUUACCAGUGCAAGGGCAGGCAAUGUGGUUUCCAAUGCAUCGGCGCCAUGUGCGCGGCCGAGUGUACCGGAGACCGCUGCGCCUACCGUUGCCAGGGAAGCCACGAGGACGUGGGCACUUGUGGAACCAAGUGCAACGGUUUGGAAUGUGCUUACCGCUGCGAGGGCAGCAGCUGCGCUGAGCUUUGCGAAGGUGAACGUUGCGGUUUCGGCUGUACCAGCGGUAGCGGAAACAGCCAGACCUGCGCCAAACAGUGCAAGGGCGACGAAUGCGGUUCCGGCUGUGUGGGUGGCCUCUGUGCGGCCCAAUGCAAUGGACGGAAGUGCGCCUAUCAGUGUUCCGGAGUGAACGGGGAGCAGCAGGCCUGUGGUUCCGAAUGUGUUGGAGCCCUCUGUGCUGCCAAGUGCACAGGUGCUGAGUGCGCGAAGGGUUGCAAGGGCGACUUCUGUGGAAAGGAAUGCAGUGGAACUUCCGGUGCCGGUCCCAGGGGAAAGCAAGGGAACCUUGGUGUCGAAAUAGUCCAAGAAACCCUGGGAUCAUGCUGA